GACAACUGUCUCGAAGCAUCAGCCGUACUGCCGUUUUGCCGGGCCCUGUGACAACAUCAACAAUGCUUCGAUGUUCUGCGAACAGCACAGCACAGCAAACGACGCAUGAUGAGUUGUAUUGCUAAGGUGCUGCAGUAUGCAUCUCGUGGCAGGCGAAAAUGGCUGAGUACUCACAUUUCGUUGCCAAAGGAUGUCGGGCAUUGAGCCUCUCAGUGUGCCCUACGAAGGCAACACCAGUCUUUCAAUGAUUAAUCGAGGCUCACGUCCAAUGGUUCCGAAAGAGGCACCCCGUAAGACAGACAGGGCAGACUGCGAUUGGGGGCCAAGACUAGCCCUCUGCGGAUGGACUCAGUGUGACGCUCCGCUUCGCGAUGCAGGGAGAAGAGGAUGGAGAGACAGGCACACCUAUGCGCAGACUCCGCCCCUCCAAAAAAACAAGGCAUCACUAUUCAGUAUUCGAGGAAGAUUAAGAGUGUGGGUAAAUGUGCCCUGGGCGUGGCACUCUCCAGUCUGACUAUCAUCAUGCAAAUCCGGUACCCAAGACAGACAAUUAUGAGAGAAACUAUGCGGUACGCGUCACUGUCGCCCAAUACCCGGCAUUCUUGGGUCAAGGGAGAAUGGAAAGAGACGCGAGCUCCGACGUGAUCAACAACAAAACGAAACAAGUUGAGAUGCAGAGUUCACAGCUCGAGGAACCAAGGACGUGGAUCCCGAGGAGGCCGUCCCUCAAUGUCUCGAUUCUGUGGGAGACACAACAGGCAGUCGAGGUAAGGAACACCACGCUAGAGAGCACCAUCGACAGGGCACUGAGGGCAGUCGGGACCACCUCCAGCAGGGAUCCAAACCAUCGGGGGGCAGUGCUGGCCCCUUCCCAUUGGCCACUUGCAUCGUUCAGCACACCCAUCGGACGAGGCUGUCCCCUCCUCUCCAAGCGGGUGCUCUCCAAGUGCUCCAAGACCCCAAGUGCUAAUGCAACGGGAACCCCAUCAGGGCCAUCACGUUGGAUCACAGACUUUCCCUGCCCACCCAUGUCCUCAGCUAUGCUGACAUGCAUAUCCACGCUUCCCACUCUCGUUGAAAUUACCCUUUUGCUGUGGUCUCUCGAAUGCCUUCAUUCCUCGAAUUUCCUCUAAUUCUCCAAAGUAAUCCUAAACUUUCGUUCAACUACCACCCGUAUUCUUACACUUCCGUUUCCUUCGUCUCCUUAACCAUUUCUUAUCCUGUCCGUCCAAUGGACUAAUGAUCAUAUCCAAUACGCUCUCCGAAGUCGUACCCCUCUGACCCCUAGA